CCGGGGCUUCCCGGAGUGGUCGUUUUUCCCCUUUCAAGCGGCAUUUAGAAAGCCACUGGCAGGACCAGUCUGAAAGAACUAAAAUCCAGAAAGGGUGGCACUUAAAGAUAGGUAGGAGAGGACUGGAACGAGUGUGGUAGAAAACUUUUGACCCUCUCACCUAGGACGCCAAAAUGCAGCUUCCGCUUGUGAAGGGCGCUUGCGCAAAUGCUGCUAGUGCGUAGGUCACACUUGAGUAACAGCAGAUGUAAUUGGGCGAGGAAGUAGAAAAGAGCUGCUGUCUUCGAUUGGCUGGUGGCAUACAUUGACAAGCUUUCUCACUGGACUCGCUGAGAACCCAAUUGCGCAUGUUCCUUUAGAGUUCCUUGCGGGAUUGGUCAGCCGCAGGCUUUUGGGUUUUCCAAUUGGCUGAUGUGGGGUAGGCGGGGGAUAUGCCCGUAGAUUUGAAUUCAAACGAGUAAUUCUCCGCAAUUGCUGAGGAGUGCUAAGUGAUUUAGGUUUCUGGACGUGGCUGUCAGCAUGUCCUUUCCUAAGGCGCCGCUGAAAAGAUUCAAUGACCCUUCCGUCAGGCGUGAUGAUGCAUGCCUGUAAUCCCAGGACUCGGGAAGCUGAGGCAGGAGGACCGCAGCGAGUAGGAGCCCCACCCCACCGCGCACUACACAGUUGUGCUCCAUCUCCAGGUGCUUAUGAUGUUAACACAUCAGAGGUGUCUAAAGGACCAGUAUCCUUUCAGAAAUCACAAAGAUUUAAAAAACAAAAAGAAUCUCAACAAAAUCUUAAUGUUGACAAAGAUACUACCUUGCCUGCUUCAGCUAAGAAAGCUAAGGCUUUCGAGUUAAAGAGGGAAUCUCAGAAGAAUGAUAAAGAUUUGAAGAGAUUAGAAAAAGAGAUUCGUGUCCUUGUGCAGGAGCGUGGUGCUCAGGAUAAGCAAAUCCAGAGUAUGGAAACUGAGUUGGAGAAGAUGGAAGCCAAGUUAAGUGUUGCAGUGAGGGAAAAAACAUCCCUCUCUGCAAAUAAUGCUUCACUGGAAAAACAACUUAUUGAAUUAACCAGGACUAAUGAACUACUAAAAUCUAAGUUUUCUGAAGAUGGUAGCCAAAAGAAUAUGAGAAUUCUAAGCCUGGAAUUGAUGAAACUUAAAAACAAAAGAGAAACAAAAAUGAGGAGUAUGAUGGCAAAGCAAGAGAGCAUGGAGAUGAAGCUUCAGGUCACUCAGAGGAAUUUCCAAGAGUCUCAGGGGAAGAUAGCAGAACUUGAGGGGAAACUGUUAUUUGAAAAAGGUAAACACAAAAGUAAUUCCAUCUCAGCUGUGGCACACAACAUGCUAUUUAGUGUUUCAAUAGAGAAAGAAAAGAUUGACGAAAAGUCUGAAACAGAAAAGCUCUUAGAAUACAUUGAAGAAAUUAGUUGUGAAUCAGAUCAAGUGGAAAAAUAUAAGCUAGAUAUUGCUCAUUUAGAAGAAAAUUUGAAAGAGAAGAAUCAAGAAAUUUUAAGCCUUAAACAAACUUUUGAGGAAAACGUUGUUAUGUUGUCUAAACAAGUAGAAGACCUGAAUGCUAAAUGUCAACUGCUUGGAACAGAAAAAGAAGACCUUGUCAACAGGAAUAGAGAAAGGGAUGAAAAUAUAAAUGCCGAGAUGCAAAACUUAAAAGAGAACCUUAUUCUUGAAAAACAAGAACAUGAAAGACUACAACAAAAAGAAUUGCAAAUUGAGUCACUUCUCCAUCAAGAGAAGGAAUUAUGUUCUACUCUUCAGCAGAAGCUAUGUUCUUUUCAAGAGGAAGUGAUUAAAGAGAGGAAUCUCUGUGCAGAAGAAUUGAAGCUAGCACUGGAAGAACUAGAUAUAGCACAGCAGAAGGAGAAGCAGUCUGAAAAGCUUGUCACGCAGCUGGAAGAGGAAACAAAAGCUACAGCUGAUACACUAAGCCUCCUAGAACAACAGCUGAAAGAGAAAGAAGCUGAACUGGAGAACAGCCAUACUGCUCACAUUCAGGCUAUCCUGAUUUUGCAGGAAAAGUAUAAUAAUACAGUGCAAAACCUUGGAGAUGUUACUGCUAAAUUUGAAAGCUAUAAAGCAUUAAUAACUAGUGAAAUAGAUGAUCUUAAGCUGGAGAAUGCAUCACUACAGGAAAAAGUGGCCAAAGCUGAAAAAAACACAGAGGAUGUUCAACAUCAAAUAUCAAAAACUGAGAGCACAAAUCAAGAAUAUGAGAGGAUGCUUCAAGAUCUGCAGAACAAGUCAGUAUUGAAAGAAGCAGAAAUUAAAGAAAUCACAGUUUCUUCUCUUAAAAAAAUAACUGAUUUGCAGAACCAACUCAAACAACAAGAUGAAGACUUUAGGAUACAAGAAGAAGAAGAAGAAGCAAGAAAAGCUGAGAAAGAAAAUAUAGUGGCAGAAUUAACUGAAGAAGUUAAUAAAUGGCGUCUCCUUUAUGAAGAACUAUAUAAUAAAACAAAACCUUUUCAGCAACAACUAGAUGCCUUUGAAGCAGAGAAACUGGCCUUGUUGAAUGAACAUGGUGCAACUCAGGAACAACUAAAUAAAAUAAGAGAUUCAUAUGCUGAAUUAUUGGGUCAUCAAAAUCUCAAGCAAAAAAUCAAGCAUGUUGUGAAAUUGAAAGAUGAAAAUAGCCAACUCAAAUCGGAAGUGUCAAAACUCCGAUCACAGCUUGCUAAAAAGAAACAAAAUGAGAUGAAACUUCAGGAGGAACUGAAUAAAGUUCUGGGUGUCAGACGCUUUGAUCCUUCAAAGGCUUUUCAACAUGAAUGUAAAGAAAAUAUUGCUCUCAAAACCCCAUUGAGAGAAAGUAAAAAAGGAAUACAUGUGUAGAACUGUCAUCUUCCUUUGGAUUUGCUUUCAUAUCAGUAGCAACUUGCCUUCUUAUGAACUGUGAAAAUUUAUUGGUACUUUCUGAUGUGAAAGAACUUUUUACCGAAAUUGAUGCGUAUACUGCCUUUCCUGGCUUUCCUAUUCUCUGACAGAUCCAGAUGCUCCGGUCCUUCAAGCCCUAUUCAGAUUUCAUCCUCCUCUUUAUUUUGUGUGACCUUUUUGCUGUUACUUGCACCCUGUACCAUAAAUUAUUCUCUGUAUAAAACCUUUAUAUUUGAA